AUGGCUUUGGCAUUUUAUAAUUGUAAUUGGAGUGCGAAAGUGGAAAACGUGAAGGAUUAUUCAGUUGACGUCUGCCACAAGGACAUUGCCAGUGAUAAGCCUGGGAGCAUUUUAACUUACAGGUAUUUAAAGCCUUUCGAGAGCAAGUUUCAAGUGGGAACGAAAACCCUCGAAGAUAACUGUCGAGGAGGGCCAGGUUUCAGAACCAAACAAACAUACAGGAGGACGACGGAUGUUCAGGGAAAGGCACCUGCAGUAGCUGAGAAUAUCAAUACAGAGGUGGACUCACUAUUAUGCGAUGAUGACAUCACAUAUUCCACAAACCAUGCUGAAAUGCGUGCAAUCCUCGACAGAUUACUUUCGGAGACUUUAAUUCACCUGAAACUGACCUGCAUUCUCAAGAAUGGUGUUUCACAAGGGAAAAAGGUCUACUCUUCCAUUGCUCUCAGCCGAUUUGCAUUUGCUACACGCACAACUUUUCAUAAUAAGCUUAUUUACAUGUAUGUCAAGUGCGGAAGUUUGGUUGAUGCCCGUAAAGUGUUUGAUCACACGAAAGAACGAGACACCGUCUCAUGGAAUACGAUUAUUGCAGCGUACAAAACGCAUGAGUGCCCUGACGAAGCAGUCACACUGUUUAAUCAAAUGCAGCAAACAGGAUAUGUACAUAAUGGAUUUGCUGAAAAGGCCUUAGAAACUUUCAAGCAAAUGCAAUUGGAAGGAUAUGCACAAAAUGGACUUAUCAAGGAUGCUCUCAAAGUCUUUGAAUUGAUGAAGCACUCGGGAACAUAUCCUGAUGUAGUAAGCUUUGCUUGCAUUUUAUAUGCAUGCAGCCAUGCAGGUUUAGUUGAUGAGGGCUGUACAUAUUUCAAACAGAUGUGUAACCCUUAUUGCAUUUCACCUACAGUUGAUCAUUAUGUGUGUAUGGUUGACCUUCUUGCCCGUGCUGGCUAUCUUGAGGACACCCUAAACUUCAUCAUUAAGAUGCCAGUUAAACCUGUGGAGGUUGUGUGGAUGAGUUUUCUUGGUGCCUCUAGACAACAUAUGAAUAUAGGCUUAGGAGUAUUUACAGCAAUGCUACUUUUUGAUUUGGAUCCUAAAAAUGCUGCAACCUAUGUUCUUCUCUCGAAUAUCUAUGCAGAAGUGGGCAGGUGGGGAGACAAAUCACAUCCACAAACACGGGACAUCUAUGCAAAGUUGGAAAAUUUGGCCUCGGAGAUGACCGCAGCAGGUUAUUUUCCAGAUUCAAGACAUCUACUUAGUGAUGUGGAAGAGGAGGAAAAAGAAUUAUUUCUUUGUCAUCAUAGUGAAAAGUUGGCGAUUGCAUUUGGUUUGUUAAACACCCCAGCUGGUACAACUAUUAGAGUUGUUAAGAACCUUCGAGUAUGUGCUGAUUGCCACACUUCAUCAAAAUAUAUCUCUAAGAUUGUUGCAAGAGAAAUUAUUGUGAGAGAUGCAAAUCGUUUCCAUCAUUUUAAACAGGGAGUAUGUUCUUGUGGAGAUUAUUGGUGA